GGGUUUGGUUUGUGGUGUUGGGUAAUGGAAGUGGGAAAACUGAAUGGCAAGACCUUUUGGGAGAGGCAGCAGGUUUCAGAGAGGUGGCAGUUGCACAAGCAACAAGAGGGAAGUGGGAGGAAGGAAAGGGAGAGCAAAGAAUCAACAAACCACUAAGAAAAAGUGUGCUUCUCCAUUAAAAGCUGGAAGGGGAAAAGUACAAGGGCCUGAGUCUGGAUCCUCAAAGGAAUCAUCAUCAUCAUCACCAUCAUCAAAACCCAGUUCUAAAUUCAAGGUAUGUAGAAGAACAAGGAGGAGGAGAAGAAGAAGAAGACCAAGAUUCUCCCUCACAAGCAAAAGAAUAUUACCAUCAGCAUCAUCAUCAACAGCAAGAGCAAGAGCAAGAGCAAGAGCAAGAGCCCACCUUCCAUUUCCAGGAACAAUAUCUCCACCAUCACCAACAUUUGUAUGGAGGAUUAGACGACUCACAGGCAGAGCCACAAGCACAAGCACAACCACUCCAACCCCUAAAGAAGCGCUCUUACUUACCUCCUCCUGCCCCUUCUUCAGCUCGCAUCGAAUAUGCAAGAAAAAUGGGAGAGAGCCACCAGCAAGCCACAGCGUCGUCAAGAUUGGGGAUAAGAAGCUCAGGCGGCGAAAUCGUCGAGGUCCAAGGAGGCCACAUUGUUCGCUCCACUGGACGCAAGGACCGCCACAGCAAGGUCUGCACUGCAAAGGGGCCGAGAGACCGCCGUGUCCGCCUCUCCGCCAACACUGCCAUCCAGUUCUACGACGUCCAGGACCGCCUCGGCUACGACCGCCCCAGCAAGGCCGUCGAUUGGCUCAUCAAAAAGGCCAAGACCGCCAUCGACGAGCUUGCCGAGCUCCCAGCAUGGCACCCAACAGCUUCCGCCGCCGCCGCCGCCGCCUCACAACAAGAGCAGCGCCACCAGCAGCCGCAGAUAAACGACGAGAACGUGAUCCCAAUUGGUAUCCACGGCGCCGCCAUGGAUGCCACUGCUUCUGGCUGUAGAAGGACAGCAACUACAAUGGUGGGUCGCGAUGGUGGUAAAGUUUCAGAGAGUGAUAUGCACAAUCUUCAACCACUACAGAUGGGCGAAAACCGGAGUAAUAGUUCGAGUUUUCUUCCACCAUCGCUGGACUCGGACUCUAUCGCUGACACAAUAAAGUCCUUUUUCCCAAUGGGCGCAGCGGCGGAGACAACGCACUCUCCUCCGCCGUUACAAUAUCAUAAUUACCCACCAGAUUUGCUGUCAAGAACUAGUAGCCAGAGCCAAGAUCUGCGGCUCUCUCUUCAAUCGUUUCACGACCCAAUUCUACUGCACCAGCACCAACCCCAGACUCAUCAUCAUCAAAAUGAGCAAGUGCUGUUUUUCUCUGGAACGACGACCCAGUUGGGUUUUGAUGGGUCGUCAGCUGGGUGGUCCGACCACCACCACCAACAACAACAACACCCGGCAGAGAUUAGCCGGUUCCAGAGAAUGCUCGCUUGGAACGCUGCUGGUGCAGAAACUGGUAGUGGCAGCAGUGGAGGCGGUGGUGGAUUCAUCUUCAAUUCGCCGCCGCCACCGCCUUCGUUCGGCCAAAACCAGUUUUUUCCACAGAGGGGACCCCUUCAGUCCAGUAACACACCUUCGGUUCGCGCUUGGAUAGACCCGUCAAUUGCCACCGCUCAUCACCAUCAAAUUCCACCCGCCAUCCAUCAGUUCGCCUCGGGCGGAUUCUCCGGGUUUCGCAUUCCAGCACGAAUCCAGGGUGAAGAGGAGCACGACGGCAUUUCCGACAAGCCGUCCUCUGCUUCCUCCGAUUCUCGCCAAUGAUCGAUCGAAAAUAAAAAACCCCGAAAUCCCUCUCUUCACGAGGACUCUGCUAUCUUAUUCAAGGAGGCAAAGAGAAAGUUAUCUGUUAUGCCAAUUGGAUUUACUAGAGAGGAGAUUUUUGGGUCGAUUAGAUCCGAUCGAUGGCUUAUACCGCGUGGGAAGAAGAAAUCUGAUUACAUUUCAGAUUAUUCGAUCGGCGGUUUGUCUUACUUCUAUCAGCUGAUUAUGUUAUAGCUUUGUUUGUGAUGUUUGAGUGGGCUCUUCGAGCUCAACUUUGUUGGAUUUCUGUGUGUUUCUGUUUUGGGACUUUGUAUGUCAUGCUAUUUGCUUUCACUUCCAUUUCUGGAGUUUCAACUGGUGCAGAAUAUGGCAUUGUUUUCCAACAAUUGUCAUAAUAGAAAAGCCACCUCCAUAUCACCCUACUGUAGAAAAUUGGAAAUGGUCAUUUUUUCUUUCUUUUUUUGGUGAUU